AACCGAGGAGUGCGAUGAAGAUAGGGCCGAGUGGGAUCGACAAGCCACAGAACACCAGAAGCGCGGUUUUAUCGUGACUCAGUUGCAGAAGCGCGGUCACCCACUCGCAGGUUCAAGGGGGGGUUUCCUGCAACUCACCCGUCAUGUACGAAGUGUUUUCGCUGACCAGCCGACCAGUCGAUUCGUUCGUUCACGCCUUCUCCCUCUGCGCCUCCAAGAUGGAGCUCUGGAUCUUCGAUCGGGCUGGGGCGUAUAGUUCAGGCCCUUUCGACAUUCACGAAAAGCCGGCACAAGGAGAGAGUUAGGCGUGCAACUCAAGGAGCAAGCCCAGCGCGUGAUGACUACCGAGAUCGAGC